CCCGACAGCCCCCGGGGAGGCUCCUCUGGCAGAGAAGAAAUACAAACCCCUGAACACGGCCCCGAAUGCGGCCAAGGAGAUCAAAGUGAAAAUCAUCCCCCCACAGCCCAUGGAAGGCCUCGGCUUCCUGGACGCCCUCAACUCCGCGCCCGUCCCCGGCAUCAAGAUCAAGAAAAAGAAAAAAGUUCUGUCCCCGACGGCAGCCAAGCCCAGCCCCUUCGAGGGGAAGCCGGCGCCGGAGCCCAGCGCGGCCAAACCGUCGUCACCGGAGCCGGCGGCCGCAGAGCCCAUGGACACGGAGCGGCCGGGAACGCCCGUGCCGGCCAUCGAGGUGCCCGAGCCCAUGGACACAGGCUCGUCAGAGGCGGGGGGUGACCCCAAGGCCACCGACGUCCCCUCCGAGGGGGGCCCGGCCCCGCGCAGGCCCCGCAAGAAGAAAUCGGUGUCGUGGCCCGAGGAGGGGCGGCUGCGCGAGUAUUUCUACUUUGAGCUCGACGAGACCGAGCGAGUGAACGUGAACAAGAUCAAGGACUUUGGCGAGGCGGCCAAGCGGGAGAUGCUGAAGGACCGGCACGCCUUCGAGACGGCGCGGCGCCUCAGCCACGACUCCAUGGAGGAGAAGGUGCCCUGGGCCUACCCCAAGGCCCUGGAUCUGCCGGCGCCGCUCGUCAUCCCCGGCAGCGGCAGCCGCGAGCGCUUCACGCAGGCCGAGCGCGUCAAGGGCAUCCUGCAGGAGAUCUUCCUCUCCAAGGAGAGGUGAGCGGGAAU